AUGAGGUCCAGCCGAUUCGAAGAGGGCAACGUCACAGGUCACGCUGAGUAUGAUGUUGCAAACAAGGACUUCCUUGUUUGGCUCACCACUUUUGAGCCCAAGAUGCAAGUGUUCGAGCAAGUGAUGGGCUUUGACCUUCCAUUCAACACUGCCUCAUCGGAAACUCCGCUCCAAAGGUUUCUUGACGAUCUCAGCCAGUGCCGCUUCAAACACGGCUACUGGAGGGUGACGCUGAAAAUGGACAUGAGGAUCUGGCAGAAGGUGGCAAGGCCAAGGCCUGGGCGGGCGGCUGGGGUUGAACUUGUUUUCUGUAGGUCUGUGGUUCAGGCUUGA